CUAAGAUUCAGUGCAGAAUUAUUAACAAACGCAUCAUUGCCUCAGCAAUAGCAAGCAUAGAACAAUACAAGCCUUAUCCAAUAAAUAAAUAAACAUGUUCAAGUUGGUGGUCUUGUUUGCCCUUUUCGCCAUGGCCUUGGCUGCUCCCAGCCUUUUGCAUGGCUCGCCCUAUGUUAGCUAUGGCCAUCCCGUUGCGGUCCAUCAUCAACCCGCCUUGGCCACUGUUGGCGCUGUGGUGCGCACUGUUCCAACCUCGGUGUCUCAUGCUAGUCAUGCUGUCGUCCAUAAAGCUGCCAAUGUUGUCCAUGAUGUUGUGGCUCCUGUGGUAAGGACUUCCUAUGUUUCGCCCGUUGUCAGGACUGUGGCUAGCCCCGUCUAUCACAGCGGUUAUGUCUCCUCAUCGCCCUAUGGCACUUAUGGUCUGUCUCCCUAUCAUGGAAGCUGGUAAACAAACACUGCCUUUUUUCGGCCGAUUAAAUCAUGUUGAGAUGACCGAAGGAUAAACCAUUGCUGCCAAAACUUAUCGUAGUAGUAGUCAAUAAAUAAAAAAAAAAAAUGCAAAACCAAAAUUUAUUUAUGAACAACAAAAGAAUUAAUAAAAAUCAGUCGAAUUUCAUAUGCAUAUA